AUGAGUGCAAAUAAUUUAAAUGCAAUUAUUGGAUAAUCAACUUACUAGGAUGAGAAAAACAAUUUUAUCAGAGAAAUCGAUUUUGAAUCUACUAAGAAAAAUGAGAUUUCCUAUAAUUAAUAAGCUUAAUUUGAAAACCAUUUUAACAAUUAAAAGGAGAAUUAGGAAAUGAUUGAAAAUCAACUGUUAAUUUUAUGUUAAAUAAAAGGAGAAAUAAAAAAUUUUUCAGAGAUGAUAUUACAUUCUAUAUCACUUUAUGAACUUACAAUAGCAAAGUAUAUUUUCCUUCUUUAGAAUAACGUUUAAAAUAAAGAGAUUAUAGAAACUGAUCCUGAAAAAUCUAUUAAUUACCUAAAAGAAAAAUUAAACAAUGAUUUAUCACUAUUCUCUACUAACAAUUUAAUUAAUAGCAUUCAAGCUAAAAUUUAUUAAUUAGAUAAUAUUUUAAUUUCUGAAAAUGAUUCAGAUGAAAUCAAAUAAUAAAUAGCAUCAACUAAAUUGAGCAAUCUAUUUAAUUAUUAAGUCAUUCCAAAAAUCUUUUGUUGUUCAAAUAUAGUUAUGAAUUAAAGUUCAAAAUUGAUUAUGAUUGCAUAAAUAGAUUAUUUAAGUGUUUAUGAAUUUAAGAAUGAGUAAGUGUAUGAAGUUUCUAAAUUUUAUUCAGGUCAUGAUGACUAUAUAACUAGAAUAUAUUCAAUGAAACAUCAAAACUAAUUCUUAACUUAUAGUUUUGGAUUUAUUUAAAUUUGGAGAAAAAAUAUUUAUGGAAAUUGGAAUUGUUUUUAAGAAUUUCCAGAUAUUAAUUUAAAUGAAUGUUUAAUAGUGAAUGAUGCAGAAGAUUUAAUUAUUUUAAAUUCUGAUAAUGUUAUAAGAUUUUAUGAAAAGAUUAACAAAUGGAAAUUAUAAUAGUAAUUGAAUAUCCAUUCUCAAUAAAUUUGCACUAUGAGUCUGAAUUCAGAACAAAAUAAAUUGAUUUCAAGUGGUUAUGAUAAUUUCAUUUGCAUAAUGGAAAAAUAUGAAAAUAAUUAAUGGAUAUUAAAUUAAAAGAUACCUUUAUUAUUUUAUGGAUAAGCAUUAUGUUUUAUAACUAAUAAUAUUUUUGCAUUUUAGUCUAAAGAGGGGAAAAACAUACAAAUAUACAGAUUUAAUGAAUAAUUACACUGCUUUAAAUGUGAAUCAGAAACAUAAGUUAUUGGUAAUUCUGAUAAUUAGGAAAAAAUCUUAAUUUAUAAUCCAGAAAAAUAAAUUUUAUUUAAUAAGACAAAUAAUUACAUUCAUAUAAUCAAGGUUAUGGAAAAUGGUGAACUUCAAGUUGGAUAAUCAAUCAAUUUUUAUACAAAUUAAAUUGGUUUUACCAUAAGUUAGGAUGGCAAUUACUUAAUUACGUGGGACAAUUACACAAGUGGAAUUUAAAUAAGAAAAGAUCUUUAGAGAAAAUAAAAAUUAUGA